AUGAACUCCCUAUAUACCCUCGGCGUCCGGCAGACGUCGUCCAUCCAGGCAGACUUGGAGCGUCUACGGUCUGGCGAUGCGUCGGCCUCACUAUUAGGCCAGAUCUCCGCCUCUUUAGCGGGUAUGGCGCGUACGAUUGAAGAUUAUGACUCAAUGGCGCGUCGUGAAAUGAUCAAGGCCAAGCAAGAGAAAGCAGCCGCGCGCGUGCAGAAGUUCAGGAACGACUAUCAGGAGCUCAAGAAGGAAUUUGAGAAGUUGAAGAAUGAGCAUACGGACACGCAGCGUGCGGCGCUACUUUCCUCGGGUGCUGCAGCUUCAACAUCUGGGCCACACGAUGCAGCACGGCGACGGGCGCCUAUGUCUGCCUCGUUACCACCUUCGGAUGCCGACAACCCCUUCCGACCGAAUCCCUCCCGGGGUGCUUUCAUGGGCGACUCACGGGAGGCAUACGCGUUGCGAGAGCAUUCUUUCGCUCAACAAACACAUGACCGACUUGAUGAGAUGCUAGCACAAGGCCGCGCAGCCCUCGACGAUCUGGUUGACCAGCGGAGUAUGCUGAAAGGGACACAACGUCGACUAUUGGACGCUGCCAACACCCUGGGACUGUCCAGGGACGUCAUUGGAUGGAUCGAGAGGAGAAGUACGCAGGAUAUGUAUAUCUUCUGGGCUGGAGCAAUCUUCACGUUCUUUUGUUUCUACAUGAUUUGGAAGUAUCUUGGUUGA